AUGGCGGCCCUGCAGCUGCCAACAUUCUCCCCAGCACUCCAUCGCCCACACCUCCCUGGGCCCAACUCUCAACCUGUGUCUUUUGACACAUCUUAUGAAGGAGCACCAGGGAGUGCAGUCAUCUAUGUGAGGAGUAGUGGGUGUGCAGUGGACAGGGGUGUCUGUGGGCUGCACCCCAGUGCUGCAGUGGAAGGCCCACAGGGAGACUUGGUCUCCAAUUCACCCCCUCCCGUGAUGCCUGGAUAUGGACACACUGCCAGGAUAUGGCUUUGGGUAUAUAUUGUGUCUGGUGAUUCAGGUAUGGGGAAGUCAUGUCUCCUCCUGCAGUUUACAGACAAGCGGUUCCAGCCUGUCCACGACCUCACAAUAGGUGUGGAGUUUGGGGCCCGCAUGGUCAACAUUGAUGGAAAACAAAUCAAACUGCAAAUCUGGGAACGGCGUGAAACCUUCAACCACCUGACCUCAUGGUUAGAGGAUGCCCACCAGCACUCUAGCUCCAACAUGGUUAUCAUGCUGAUUGGGAAUAAAAGUGACCUAGAGUCCCACGGGGAUGUGAAGAGAGAGGAAGGAGAGGACUUUGCUCGGGAGCAUGGACUUAUAUUCAUGGACAUUUCAGUCAAAACAGUCUGCAAUGUUGAAGAGGCCUUCAUUAACACAGCCAAAGAAACAUAUAGGAAGAUCCAGCAGGGUUUAUUUGAUGUCCACAAUGAGGCAAAUGGCAUCAAGAUUGGGCCCCAACAGUCAAUUUCAACAUCACUGGGACCCAGCACUUCCCAGCAGAACUGUCGUGACAUAGGGUCGGACUCUGGCUGCUGCUGAACAUCUGACCUGAACUCUUUGGGUUUUUUUUUUCCUUUUCUUCGUGGAACAGCUUCAGAUCA